GGUCUCCUCGAGCCUCUUCAUUGACAAUCGGAGCUCUUACGCGCAGCUCGCUGGAUUAGCUGGUGUAGGUGCUGCAGAUACUGUAGCACAGGAACCGGGACCGGCAGAAAACGCAGGAUUUCUUUGAGAAACAGCUGUCAAACCGUGGCAUCAUAAAUCUCAGGAGUGUUCCUUCUCAGAAACUGUGAGGGAGUCAAACACUCCCGUUUAAUAGUUGAGGUUAUAUUGCACUCUCUUUUGAUAUUUUUGCUUAAAAUUUCUUUUAGUGUUUUUUUUUAACUUGGCACUUAUUCCAUGAAACGGAAUACAAUGCUUGGAUAAACGCCCCCCCUACUUAAUUUCGUAGGGAAGGAAGCCGGAACUUUAUUUGCGAAAUUAUUGUCUUAGUUUCAGUUCCUCAAUGCUUGAAUUUAUUCACGACGAUCACUUUGUGUUUAUUCUUUAAAAUAAUGGAGCUGAAGCUCUGUGCUUUCUUCCUGUUCGUUAUAAACGGAAUUUAUGCAGCAUCACACUAUGGAAGUAACCUUCAGCCUUACAUGCCUCACGUGUGUGCCGAGAGGGAGCUGACCAUGGUGGCUCACAGGCAGCCUUGUGUCCAGGCCUUCACCCGGAUGGUCAAGGUGUGGAAGCAGGGCUGUGAGGGACAGCUGUGGUGCGUGGGAUACGAGAGGAGGACUGCCUAUUACACUGCCUACAGACAGGUGUACAGGAAGGAAUAUCAGACUGUGUACAAGUGCUGUCCAGGAUGGUCGCAGCUCAACGGCGAGGCCGGCUGUCUUUACCCUCUCUGCAGUUACGGCGUCUGCUUUAACGGGGGUCAGUGUGUGGAGGGCACCUCCCAGCUCUGCCACUGUCCGGCCGGAUUCCACGGGCCCAGCUGCCAGUAUGAUGUCAACGAGUGCGAGGAGACGAAUGGCGGCUGUGAGGCUCUGUGCAGCAACACCAUCGGCAGCUUCUACUGCAAGUGCCCCAGCGGCCAGGAGCUCAAAGAGGAUGGGAAGACCUGCCAAGACGUUGAUGAGUGCCAGGUUCACAAUGGAGGCUGCCAGCACCGGUGUGUGAACACACGGGGCUCCUACUACUGCGAGUGCAACCCGGGCUCGCGCUUGCACACAGAUGGCCGGACCUGCAUCGCUGUCAACUCCUGUGCCAUUGGUAACGGUGGCUGUGAACAGGAUUGUGUUCAGCUGUCCCUGGCACACUAUCAGUGCCAAUGUAGGCACAACUACCAGCUGACAGAGGAUGGCAAACACUGCAAAUUGAGGAGCCCCUGUGCUGACAGGAAUGGCGGCUGUGUGCACAAGUGCCACAAUCAUGGAGGAGUGGCCCGUUGUGACUGCCAUGCUGGCUAUAGGCUGGCGCGGGACAACAGGAACUGUGAAGACAUCAACGAGUGUGAGACUGGCCAGGCCGUCUGUUCCCAUGACUGCCGAAACACGCGCGGAUCUUUCUCCUGCGUCUGCAACGCCGGCUACGAGCUGGGCAGCGAUGGCAGGCAGUGCUACAGGAUCGAGAUGGAGAUUGUGAACAGCUGUGAGACCAACAACGGUGGCUGCUCCCACCACUGCCAGCAUUCCAACAGGGGAUCAGUCUGCAGCUGUGACAGUGGCUACCAGCUGGACACUGACCUCAGGACGUGUGUAGAUAUAGACGAAUGUGGAGGGGAAAGAUCGUGCUGUGAGCAGGACUGUACUAACUACCCUGGAGGAUAUGAGUGUUACUGUAGGGCAGGAUACCGCCUCAAUACCGAUGGCUGCAGCUGUGAUGAUGUGGACGAGUGCUCCUUGGACAACGGCGACUGUGAGCACACCUGCCAGAACACCGCUGGCUCUUUCCUCUGCUACUGCAACAUUGGACACCGUCUGGAUGAGGACCGUCGCUCCUGCAUCCCCCUGAACGACACUGUGGUGGCUCUGAACGGGCAGCAGGCAGUGGAGAGGCCGAAGCCUCAUGUCACCCUUCUCCACGAGUAUGCCCAGUUCCUGGAAGACUACCAGGACUACGAGGAGGGCGUGGGGGAGCUUUGUGCAGAGAGCACGCUGUCAGAGAAGUUUGUGUGCCUGGAUAACACUUUCGGCCAUGACUGCAGCCUGACCUGUGAGGACUGCACUAACGAAGGAGUUUGCACUCCUGAGAGGGAUGGCUGUGACUGUCCUGAUGGCUGGACAGGGAUUAUCUGCAACCAGACCUGCCCAGAGGGCACCUUUGGUAGGAACUGCUCCUUCUCCUGUAAGUGUAAGAACGGAGGCACCUGUGACCCCGUGACCGGCCACUGUCGCUGCCCCCCUGGUGUCAGUGGAGACAUGUGCCAGGACGGCUGUCCGAAGGGCUUCUAUGGGAAGUACUGCAAUAAGAAGUGUAACUGUGCCAACAACGGGCGCUGCCACCGCACUUAUGGGGCCUGUCUGUGUGACCCUGGGCUGUACGGGAGGUUCUGCCACCUGCCAUGUCCGAAGUGGGCCUUUGGGCCAGGCUGUUCAGAGGAGUGUCAGUGUGUUCAACAAAACACCCUGGAGUGCCAUCGGCGCCAUGGCACCUGCAUCUGCAAGCCUGGCUACCAUGGCAACACGUGCCAAGAAGAAUGCAGUGCUGGUUUCUACGGCACCAGCUGCAAGAGGAAGUGUGCGUGUGCGCCGGGCGUGGCCUGUGAUCAUGUGACAGGGGAGUGUAAGAGACAGUGUCCCGCGGGGCUUCACGGGGAGAACUGCGAUCAAGAGUGUCCGGCAGGGAGCUUUGGAGAAAACUGUGCCCAGGCCUGUGACUGCUCGGGGGCUCCGUGUGACAGAGUGACUGGAGAGUGCCACUGCGCAGCUGGGAGAACUGGAGAGCGCUGUGAGGCAGACUGCGAGGAGGGGCGCUGGGGUGCGGGGUGCCUGCAGUCCUGUCCUACUUGUGAGAAUGGAGGGACCUGUGACAGGCAGAAUGGCACUUGCCUCUGCCCACCUGGGUACAUUGGCACACUGUGCCAGAGUGUGUGCCCAUUGGGUCGGUAUGGCCAAGGAUGCCAACUGCGCUGUGUGUGUGAAAACAGUGGGCACUGCCACCCUGUCUCCGGGCGUUGCACCUGUGCCCCUGGAUGGACUGGGCACAACUGCCAGAGAGCCUGCGACGUGGGCCGCUGGGGGGCGGACUGCGCCAGCCCCUGCGACUGCGGGGACAGUGGCGGCAGCUGUGACGCGGUGACGGGGGACUGCGUCUGCGAGGCGGGGUUCGGCGGCGCGCGCUGCGAUCAGAAAUGCACUGCGGGCUCUUUCGGCCCGGGCUGUCGCUACCAGUGCCAGUGCGACAACGGGGCGGCAUGUGACCAUGUGAGCGGGGCCUGCACCUGCCUGGCGGGGUGGACCGGAACAUACUGCGAAAGGCCCUGUCCUGAAGGGUUCUAUGGCGUGGAGUGUCGGGAGAUGUGCCGCUGUCUGAACGGCGGGCGCUGUGAUCACCUGAGUGGGGCGUGCCUGUGCCCUGCCGGUUGGGUUGGCCCACACUGCAACCACACGUGCCUGCCUGGUUUUUAUGGGGAGGGCUGCAACCAAACCUGUGACUGCCACAAUGGUGCCAGCUGUGACCUAGUGACUGGGCAGUGCCACUGUACACCAGGCUGGACCGGGCACAACUGCCAGCAAGCCUGUUCACCUGGUUUCUAUGGAGCCGACUGCCGCCAGCGCUGCCUGUGUCAAAACGGGGGGUCAUGUGACCGCGCUAGUGGCCGUUGCACGUGCCCAGACGGGUGGAUGGGGCUGGCCUGCGAACUGGGAUGUGCGCUGGGCCUGUUUGGGGCCGGCUGUGAGGAGCACUGUGACUGUGCACAUGGGGCCCCCUGCCACCACAUCACUGGAGCCUGCUGGUGUCCUGGGGGCUGGAGGGGCCCGCGCUGCGAGAGAGCCUGCUUACCUGGGACUUACGGAGAGAACUGUGCCCAGCGGUGUUCCUGUCCCCACGGGACUUCCUGUAACCAUGUGACUGGCGAGUGUGGGUGUCCUCCAGGCUUCACUGGGAACGGCUGUGAGCGGACUUGCCUGCCUGGUACCUAUGGCCACAACUGCAACCAGGUGUGUCAGUGUUCUGGAGCAAAUCAGCUCUGUCACCCUGUGACUGGAGCCUGCUCCUGCGCGCCAGGCUACCAUGGCAAAGACUGCCAGCUAGAAUGCCCAGAAGGCUGGUAUGGCCCUAACUGUGAGCAGCAGUGCCAGUGCCUGAAUGGUGGAGUGUGCCAGACCACUACAGGGUCCUGUGGAUGCCCACCGGGCUACAUCGGAGCCGACUGCAACACCACAUGCCCGGCUGGGCGCUACGGUCAGGACUGCGCCCGGGUGGCGUUCUGUGGCAACAGGGGGAAGUGUGAUCCUGUGACAGGAAGCUGCGUGUGCGCUGCUGGGUGGAAAGGAGAGCACUGCGAGGAAGGCUGUGAGCAAGGCCGGUUUGGAGAGGGCUGUUUACAGGUCUGUGACUGCAGGAACGGGGGGCUGUGUGACACCCUCUCUGGGGUCUGCACCUGUGCUCUGGGCUGGAGUGGUCCACACUGCGAAGCAGCGUGCCCCGUGGGAAAGUACGGAGCCAACUGCCAGCACGACUGCCUGUGUCAGAACAAUGGCACAUGUGACAGAGUGACGGGCAGCUGCCAGUGUCAGCCAGGCUACUACGGGCAUGUCUGUGAGCAUGCCUGUCCUCCUGGUUACUACGGCGAUCGCUGCCAGCAGACCUGUGACUGCAGACAUGGAGCUUCCUGUCACCCUGUAACUGGACACUGCCUGUGUCCCCGUGGUUACCACGGCGAUCUCUGCGAGAAAGUGUGCGAUCAGGGGUGGUUUGGCGACAGCUGUCAGCAGGCAUGUGACUGUGAAGGCGACUCUCCCUGCGACCCAGUGAGUGGGCAGUGCCUGUGCCCCCCAGGGAAGACUGGAGCCAAGUGUGACAUAGACUGCAGGGCCAACCGCUUCGGCCCCAACUGCACCGAGGCCUGCGAGUGCAGGAACAGUGGCCAGUGCAAUCCGCGCAGUGGCCACUGCACCUGUCUGCACGGCUGGAUCGGGCUCGCCUGCCAGGAAGGGGGUCCCCCCCAGCCACCUCACCACUCCCCCAGGAUAAGAAGAGAGCAUCGUGCCCGUCUGGAGACAUCUGUGUAGGAUCCCGGCCACCUUGUUGCCCCCAGCACCUCCCCCCGCCCCCAGAGUCCCCAGCUCCUGCAUCUACUGUGCAAACAAGAGAGAUAGCACUGCCACGGCCCAACACAAGGGCCAAAAUGCACAUUACUGGCCUCCGAGUUCACUGGUGGGAGGUGUUGUAAUCCGUAACAGACUGGCAUGCUAUGGACCUACAGGAACUGGAAUUUCAGCAAUCUAGAAAGGGAACCAAGUCAUCUUCUUGGAGAAACAGGAGAGUCUCUCAAAUUUCUUUAUGGAUUAUUUUUGUCUGCGAGGAUUUCUGCUAAUGGGGGCAUCAACAUUCUUUCCUCAUUUUAGGCCUGGCCAUACAGUAACCUACAGGAAGGAGAUGUUUUGGGCUGGGUUGAGGAUGUCUCCACUGAGCUGUCCAGUCUCUGCCUCAGCAGUUCAUGGGCUAAGACACGAUGCACGAUUCUCCGAGUCAGUGGGAUCGUACGGCAGGAGAAAGGAGGUGGACUGGACAGUGGUUAAUGAACCAGGAAGCAUGAACUCUAAAGCUUUCACAUUUGGAAAAUGAAAAUAAGCUUUUUUGAUAAAUGGCAUUUAAGGAUGCAAAUGUAAAUUUGAAAGAAUAAUUGAAAUACGUCAACUUCGAAUACACAUAAUGUAAAAAACCCCAGCCAUUAGAGGUUAAACAAAGCCAAAACAAUCUCAAUGCAUUGGAAUAAUUGUCUUAGAUGAAUGCAGCAGUCAACCUACUGUGCAUUGUACCUCAGACACUGAAGACCUCAUCCAGUUUAGAUUUCUGCAUGUGGUUGUGUGUAUGUGUGUUCUAUACUCCAGAGACUGUGCUGCACAUUCUAGCUUGUCUUCUCACUGUACUCCUCCAGUGUACAGUCCUUGAUAAAUGAGCCCACAGUAUAAAUUGCAGCCAUUACGCUGCCCAGCCCUGGGAAAUAAUCCGGUCGGUGCUGGAUGUACUGUAGCCAUACAGAGUACAGCAUCAGUGUUUCCUUGCUGGAGAGGAUGCACUCUGUGGGGACUUUGGACAUACAGUACAGCCAAGGGUGCUAUUAGAAUCAACUACAAUUAGAGAGCUGUUUGGACAUGGGGUGAAUUGCUGAUGUUAUUUGCUGAGAACCACCGGGUGGUUUUGGCCCGGGAGAAUAACAGCUGUGUAUUUCAAUACAGUUUGGAUAUUUGUGACAGAUCAGCUUUCAUUACAGUGUCAUCAGCCUUGCACCUUCUCGAUAUAAUUGACAUCAGGUGCUGGGGAAAUGGCUUCAGCUGUAGUUGGUUAACACAGUGUCUGGUAGCAGUCAGAUGGCUGGGUCUCUUUCAGAUGUAUUUGUGGUGUGGUUUUAUCACUCUUUGUUUUCAUGUUGUGUUGUUUAGAUGGCUAAGAGACCAUCAUUUUAUUUUGUUGCAGUCCUUCAUGUUCAUAGUAGCUGAUAGUAGCUGAAUUAUGGUAUAUUGGAUGUAUGUAUUUAUGUAUGAAUGUAUGUACAAAAAUUACAUUUAAAAUCUUAAAUCGCAAACUUAAAGGCAAUGCAAGAUCAGGCAGUAGGGGAGAUAAGGUUCCCUGUUUAGAUUUGACUUGUGUUUGAACUCUUUGAUCAUAUUUGAAAAAAAAAUUAAGACCAAAGUGCGGGUUUUUUUUUAUAGAUGGUUUUCAGCUUCAGUUGUCACAUACAGUAUUGCCCUAGAAUCAGUGGAGCAGUGGGGACUAGUGAGGAAAUGCAGACAGGAUGCAACAAACUGCAGUUGCAUUUUUCUGCGGCACUGUGGGAGAGGGAUACAGCAGAUCCUCACGUGCUCGGCUUGCGCUCGCAGGACAGCUUUGCUUGCAGGACCUACUCGAUAGAGAUAAAGGAGCAGGGACGCGCAACAGUGUUUAUCGGCGCUCUCCCGCUGGCUGCGUGCGCUGCUGUUCGCGGAACUCGUGGCAGCCGUUCAAACGAAACGGGUCUCCUCCUUCCUGCCGGUGGUUUGUGUUCCCCAGCCGCUGCUGAAAAAGAAAGUGACACUGCGCUGUGCAAUCUGUGGUCGGAGAUGAAGUGUUGCCGUUGUUUCUUGCUGUAAAUUCAUUGAGAUUCUCAGUAUUCUUUAUUAUUUAUCUACAGAGUUUCAUCCCUGCUUUAAAUCAACAGCAGAGAGGCUCUGAAACUCUGAUGUGUGUUAGUAUCUUCAGAAGGCUUGUGCAUGCAGUCCAGUAUACUGUGGUGUUAUUUUGCUGUAUAAAUAGUGGCUGCCUUUUUAUAGUGAUGAAAGCAUGAGUGAAAUGUUUGGAAAAACCUAUCCCUGUACUUAAUUACCCAUGCUUUCUAAUUGGAUGUUAAGGGCUUGCUUUGUACAAUGGCAUGGAGGUUUCUGAGACUUGAUGUUGUCUGUACAUGAUGUGACUGCUUGUAUUCUGAAAAAAUGGUGCUAUAACAUUUUGUUUUACUGUAGCUUUUUGUAGAAAGAAGAAGAAGACAAUGUGGUGGCAUUGCAUAACAAUGGAUAAGUGUGGGAGUUUGUAAAUGCAUUUUAUGUUUUUGUUACUCAAUUUGUGUAUUAAUUGCCUUUAUCCAGUUUUUACAAAGUAUUAUACUAUCUUAUGUAAAAAAGAUAAGUUGUAUGAUUUGCUUAUUUCAAUGUAAGCAUGCAUAAUAGUCAUAAAGAAUUUAUAAUUGCAUACCCAGGGCACUGUUAUAUUGCACAUGCCAUUGAAAGGCUUGAUAUUUUAUUUAGUAUAUCCAGAGGUAAUACAAGGCUCUUUCAUUGGGUUUGUGCCACCCUGCAAAGCUUCAAAGAAACUUGCAGGAUCUGUGUCUUGGUUUGCGGAGUUCAGUGACCUUCACCCAUGUCUCUGUAUGGUGGAAGCACUGGGUCUGAUUAGUGUUAGAAGUGAGAGGCAAGGCAUCUUGCAAAGCAGGUAAUGUACAGUAGUUAACAAAUACUGUGAGAUGCUUCAUCCACUCGUGCUGUAGGAUGGCAGUACCUCUAACAAUGUUUUUGCAAAGGCUGAACACUGUUUUGAUCUGAUGCAAAAUAUUUAUGAAGUUGUGAUUAAUGUCAAGGGGACAUGGAAUGGCAGUCAUAAUAGGAAUUGCUUAUCUCAGAUUGGAGUCAUUUACUAUUAAUGUCAUAUUUAUAUGACUCCAGUAGACAUCCUACAGCUGAUAUUUUUCAGAUUCUCCCUUAAUGUGAUGCUGCUUUUAUCUUGAUUGCCAUGCAGAAACAUAUUAAUCACCUUACCCAGCUGAAUUUGCUAUAAAUGACAUGCUGCAUCUGUGAUCAUCCCUCAGUGAGCAACUUUAACCUGUCAGUGAGAUCUGAUAAGAAAUGGUGUGAAUCAUUAAGUGCUGAUUUAUAUUUCAAAGUCUACAGAAGAACAAGACGUGACAGAAAACUGAAAAAUUGAUUACAGGGGGAGUUACGGCCUGUUUUGUGUAUUUUUUGGAAAAUGCUAGAAGUCACAAAGACAAAGGAAACAACCGGUAUCAUAAAACUCUCUGGUACAAGGCAAAUACAUUAUUUUUUAAGCAGGUGCCUGCAAUCUCUUGAUGAAAUAAUUCUUGUAAGAUUAUUCUUGUUUAACAAAUAACCCUACACAGGCUAGGAUGGCCUCAUUUUUUAUUAGGCUCAGUGAAGGACAUUCACAGGUGUGGAAAUUGAAGUAAAAGAAACCAGUGAGUUUUAACAAUGAA